AGACAGCAGCAAUGGGAGGGCCGUACAGGGACCCAUGACACACUCUGGACCUGGCAGCAGCAUGAGGAGGCGGUACAGGGGCCCAUGGCAGAUUACGGGCCUGGCAGCAGCAUGAGGAGUCGGUACGGGGGCCCAUGGCAGAUUACAGGCCUGGCAGCAGCAAUGGGAGGCCGCGUAAUCUGCCAGCACCCUAUGACAAAAAAUGGGAACCCACCAGCAGUGUGAGGAGACCUGAAAGUGGCACAUGGCAGAGUGUGGCGAUGGAGACAGCAGCAAUGGGAGGCCGUACAGGGACCCAUGACACACUCUGGACCUGGCAGCAGCAU